GUGUUAACCUGGCUCCGCCCUCUAAGCGGGAGAGACCAUCUCGCGGCAAUUUGAGAGGGGAGAAAGAAACGAGCGGAAGUUCCUGUCUGGGGGGCACGCCCUCAUCGGAAGUCCUUUGGAGUGGGUCAGGAGAGUACUUCCGGUGCAGUAUGAGACCUAAACUGAGAAUCGUUUUCGAUGGUGGUUGGUGAAGUAUUUUUUGGCUCCCAGAGGCAGCGAUGGCGUUAGAGACGGUUCCCAAGGAUUUGCGACAUCUGCGAGCUUGUCUUCUUUGUUCUUUGGUCAAGACUAUAGACCAAUUUGAGUAUGAUGGCUGUGAUAAUUGUGACUCAUACCUACAGAUGAAAGGUAACCGAGAGAUGGUAUAUGACUGCACAAGUUCUUCUUUUGAUGGGAUCAUUGCAAUGAUGAGUCCGGAAGACAGCUGGGUCUCUAAAUGGCAGCGAGUUAGUACCUUCAAGCCUGGAGUUUAUGCAGUUUCUGUCACUGGCCGUCUGCCUCAAGGAAUUGUUCGGGAACUGAAGAGCCGAGGCGUGGUUUACAAAUCCAGAGACACAGCAAUAAAGACCUAGUGAGCCCAAGGACGUCCAACCCUCUUUGCUUGAAACUCUAUUAGGCUGGUUUUUUUUUUUUUUUGUUUUGUUUUGUUUUGUUUUUUUUUGGGGGGGGGUGGAGUUUGGCCUGGAGAACUGAAAGAAUACUACUCAUUUUCCUGCCUACUCUCCAUUCUUCAGCAUUUGAGGGAUGCCAAAAACAAUAAUAUGACUGAUUUCAAGAACAUUGGAUUUUGGGUUGUUGAAAGAGGGUUGGAUUCAUAAGAUUUUGGAAAUGUCUAGGCAGGAUAUGCUGUUUAUUUCAUCCUGAGUGCCAGACUGUUGGAUUGUGUGUGGGUCAGAGGAUAAUAAUAAAUGUGAACUGUUUCAGUCAGAAAGGACCCUUUCUCAGUUCUUUGGUUCAGACCUCUUUUUAUUCAACUGUGAACAGGGCCCACAGUCUUAAUUUUGUUAGGAUGUUUUCAGAGUUUGUCAGAGCCUUCUAAAUGGCUGCUGACUAUUUGCAUCUUCACAUUCCAAUAUGAGUUUUUUUUGAGGGGUUUUGCUUCAUUAGAAACUCUUGCAGUUGUCAAUAAAAAGUUAAAAAAGAAACUCUUAUAGCCCUGCUUUUCCUACUGAUCUAUUUAUUAGACCAUCUUUUUUGGCUUUACACUAAGAAUUCCAAUAAUAGAAUUAAUCUACUACCUAGGUCUAAAACAGCAGUGAAAGUCUAUGAUUUAAGAUACUUAAAAGAUAUUGGGAGAAAGGGUUACUGAUUGCUGCCUUCCUUUUUUUUUUUUU